AGCUCAAACAACCCUUCACAAACAUUCACAAUCGUAUCUCCACACGACAAGAUGGCACCAGCAGAUUCUUCCCGGAUAGUGGAGGCACAGAAGCUCACGAAGACGAACCCGAGGGAGGCCGAAGCAAAAUACAAGGAGAUCAUUUCGAAGCCGCCAUCAGCAACUUCGGAUGCCGCUGUACGAGAGUAUGAGACGGCUUUAGUCAGUUUAGGAGAGCUAUAUCGGGAUCAAAAGAAAGCCGAUGAAUUGGUGGAGCUCAUUACAACGAGUCGGACAGUACUGUCAUCCUUUGCAAAGGCAAAGACUGCAAAGUUAGUGCGACAACUCCUUGAUCUCUUCCAUGGCAUUCCCAGCUCCACCGAUACCCAAAUCUCCGUCACGAAGUCAUGCAUCGAAUGGGCUACCUCCGAACGACGAGGCUUCCUCCGACAGAAUCUCGAGACUAGGCUUGUCCAACUCUACAUGACCAAAGCUUCCUAUUACGAUGCCCUUACACUCAUCAACAGCCUGCUGAAGGAAUUGAAGCGCCUUGAUGACAAGCUCGUGCUCGUGGAAGUCCAGCUUCUGGAGUCGCGUGUUUACCAUGCUUUAGGGAAUGUAGCUAAAGGUCGAGCUGCACUGACCAGUGCCCGAACAUCAGCUGCAUCUGUUUACACACCACCUCUUCUGCAAGCUGGACUAGACAUGCAAUCUGGAAAGCUGCAUGCCGAAGACAAGGAUUUCAAUACAGCCUUCUCCUACUUCAUUGAAGCUCUCGAUGGAUAUCACACUCAAGAUGAACCCGAGAAAGCCACAGCUGCGCUGCAAUACAUGCUUCUCUGCAAGAUCAUGCUCAACCUCGCGGACGAUGUCAAUCAAUUGAUGACUUCCAAGCAAGCAGUCAAAUAUGCAGGCAAGAAUCUCGAAGCUAUGAAGGCCGUAGCACGAGCACAUUCCAACCGCUCCCUCGAAGAAUACGAGAAAGCCCUUGGCGAUUACCGUCACGAGCUCGGCAGUGACCCUUUCAUCCGCAACCACCUUCGCCGUCUCUACGACGCGAUGUUGGAACAGAAUCUCAUCAAAGUUAUCGAACCCUUCUCUCGUGUUGAGAUUGACCACAUUGCCAAGAUGGUAGGACUCGAUACUAUACAAGUAGAGAAGAAAUUGAGCCAAAUGAUCCUGGAUAAGGUUAUUAUUGGGGUCUUGGAUCAGGGCGCUGGCUGUUUGAUUAUUUUCGAUGAGACGGAGAGAGACGAGGGAUACGAUUCCGCGUUGGCUACCAUUGAGAAGUUGAGCAGUGUGGUGGAUGUGCUGUAUACCAACCAGGCAAGCAUGCUUGAGUAGAAGGCUGGGGCUGCUAGAUGAGAUGAGAGCAUGACAUGCAAACAUAUGCAUUGUAUCAUAGAGGCGCAGAUGAUGGAGGAAAUGAAAACAUGCUUUCGAUCCACGAAUCACUCACUGAACCGUGCAAUCAUGAGGACUUCAAGUAAU